AUGGUAGAGGCCACCUUAACCUUCUGCCUAGCCGUGGCUGCAGCUCUUAUCUCUAGGAGGAGGACACCGAGGCUACCAAGGAAUCCCGCAGCGGUCGUGAGCACCUGCGCCGGCUGCCGCAGGGACACUCAGCCCGGCGGCGCUCCUCUUGGCCCUGCAACCCGUUCUGCCACGGGGGCCUCCCUCCCCCACCCACGACCCUCCCGAGCUCGCUCACAGGCCGCCACCGGAGCCCUAGAUCUUUCACUUUCCGCUCCCUCAGAAGCCCCUGCUACUCGCCAGCGCCCCCGCUCGGGCCCAGCCUCACCAGCCCCCGGGCGCGAGGGCCGCCCGGCUCGCAGCGCCCUCAGGCAUCGCGCUCAGCGAUUUCAGCUCCGCUGCGGCAGUGGCAGCAGCAGCUAUGGUGGCACGAGCGGCUCAAAACGCGAACUACCGUCUGGGCUCAGCCACCGGCUGGGUAGGAGGAGCGGAGGCGAGGGGGCGCGGCCUCUACGCACGGGGGCGUUCCCAGAGUGGACGAGUACGGCUCACGGGGGCGGGGCCCAGGAAAGGGCCUAG